CUCCUCCGCCGCCGCCGCGCCCCGCCCCGCCCGCAGAGGCAGCGCCAUGGCCGCCCGGCCGCCGCCCCGCUCCUGCGACACGUUCGUGGCGCUGCCGCCCGCCGCGGCCGGGGGCCGGGUGGUGUUCGGCAAGAACUCGGACCGGCCCCGGGACGAGGUGCAGGAGGUGCUGCACUGCCCCGCCGCACGGCACCCGCCCGGCGCCGCGCUGCAGUGCACCUACAUCGAAAUCGAGCAGGUUCAGCACACCUACGCCGUCGUCCUGAGCCGUCCCUCCUGGCUCUGGGGAGCAGAAAUGGGCGCUAACGAACACGGCGUGUGCAUCGGGAACGAGGCCGUGUGGGGCAGAGAGGAGGUCUGCGAUGAGGAAGCUCUCCUAGGCAUGGAUCUCGUAAGGCUUGGACUUGAGAGAGCGGACACGGCUGAAAAGGCUCUUACUGUCAUAGUUGAUUUGCUAGAGAAAUAUGGACAGGGAGGAAACUGUAUGGAGAGCCACAUGGCUUUUACAUACCAUAACAGCUUUCUGAUAGCUGACAGAAAGGAAGCCUGGGUGCUGGAGACAUCAGGAAAACACUGGGCAGCAGAAAAAGUAGAAGCAGGAGGUGUACGGAAUAUUUCUAACCAGCUCUCUAUCACAACCAAGAUUGACAGACAACAUCCGGAGCUGAAGGAAUAUGCCAAAAGCAAGGGCUGGUGGGAUGGGGAGAAGGAAUUUGAUUUUGCUGCCACAUAUUCUUAUGUAAAUACUGCCAGAAUGACUACAUCCAGGGGCCGCUAUUGUGAAGGCUACAAACUUCUGAACAAACACAAAGGCUCUAUCACUUCUGAAACAAUGAUGGAAAUUCUUCGUGACAAAGAGAGUGGCAUUAAUAUGGAAGGUGGUUUUAUGACAACUGGAAGCAUGGUGUCUGUCCUGCCUCAGGAGCCUAAUCUGCCUUGUAUUCACUUCUUUACAGGAACUCCAGACCCUGCAAGGUCUGUAUUCAAGCCUUUCAUUUUUGUGCCCGAUGUUACUCAGUUAUUAAAAACCACCUCCCCUACAUUUGGUCAUGAUGAUCCAGUGAAGAAGCAGCCACGUUUUCAGAGUAAGCCAGAUCGAAGACAUGAGCUCUAUAAAAAACAUGAAAGUGCUGCUGUAGCUAUGGAAGCUAUGAAGGACAAAGGAAAAGAGAUGCUGCAGAAGAUACAGAUGCUGGAGAAAAGUAAGAUAAGUGAAAUGGAAUCAAUCCUGCAAAAUGGAUGCCUUGACACUAACCAAAUGGUUAACCUUUUUCCACAGUGUGUAGAAGAAGAACUCAGAAUAUAUAGUUAAAGCUACUAUUUGACCGAAUGGAUUAUAAUUCGUUGUUAAGGUUAACUCUUCUAAUGGAAUGGCUAUAUAGAUUACCUCUUAUUUUCAAUAUACCAGUUACAGUGUGGACAGUUUUAAAGCUGCAGAUCUCUAUUCAGGCCAAGCAGCUUUUGGUUGUAGGAAGCGAGGCUGAAAAGGGUCUUUAGAACUGGCAGUACCUCUCCAAGAGGCAAAAAACUGACAGCAGAGAUUGAUUCGCCAACAACCUGAGAUGCAAUUAGAACUCAAAUAGCUUGACUAAGUUGCAGAACAACCCCAUCUGUGGAUGAAGAACACCAAUGUAGCUACACACACGUAGCUUUUAGAGUCAAGAUAAUCAUUGCAGCAGAAUUCCCUACUGCCUGAAUUAAAAUGGCCAGGCUAUAGGCUUUUCUAAAAUGUAGAAAAAUAUUGCUUUUACUGAAUUAAAAGGAAUGUGAUAUGCAAGUCAAGUGAGAUUGAUAUUCAGCUGUUUGAUAAAUUCUUUCUAAGGUAUGUUUCAUAUAUGAACUUUCUACUCCUUUAAUGUGAAAUAAGGCUAAGAGCUUAAGGUCUUAGAUUAAACUCAAAUCAAUUAGAGUUUUACCAUAAUUUGUUGUGAAAUCUGAUUGAUUAUACGGCAUUCAACAAUGUUAGUGUCUAGCAAGUUAUCACAGGUAUUUAUUUACAUACAACAUGUCAUUGUCAAUUAAUUCAGUACACUUCGUAACACUGUGAGGGAGUUUUUAAAUGCUUCUUGAUUUUUUUUAUUUUUAAAUCAGGCAACUAUAAAAAGGAAGAAGUUAGGGUACGUGAGUGUAUACUUACACUCAGCAGAGCACUUAAAAGGACUCUUCAAAAAUUUUUCACUUUAUAUAAGCCAUUUUAACCAUACCUUGUUUCACCAAAAUUGGUAGACUUAAGGAGUUGAUUUAAGUAAGCUUUUUGCCCUGCCAGGAGCAAAUCCUUGCCUGUCCUGUAGUGAUCAAGCUGUCACUACUUUAUUAUCCAUGGCAAGGGGCAAAGAGAGCAACAAAAAAAGUAAGAUUCUGACUUGACUAUGUGAUAAAGCAGGAUAAAAAGUAUCACCGGGUGAAAAAAAAGCAC